AUGGAAAAAUCGUGGUUCAAUUUUAUGUUUUCUAAGGGAGAAUUGGAAUACAGAGGCGAGCUAAGUAAAGCAAUGGAUAGUUUUGCUCCUGGUGAAAAGACUACUAUAAGUCAAGACCAUUUUAUAUAUGAUAUGGAUAAAAACUUUUAUGGUUGGGGUGAGCGUUCUAGUUAUUCCAAUAAUGUUGAUCUUUUAGUUAGCUCCAAGGACAUUCGCAAUUUCAUAUCGGAUGAUACCUUUUUUGUUAGGGAUAGUAAUAAUAAUAGUUAUUCUAUAUAUUUUGAUAAAAAAAAAAAAUUUUUUGAGAUUGACAAUGAUUUUAGUGACCUAGAAAUUUUUUUUUAUAGUUAUUGUAGUUCUAGUUAUCUGAAUAAUAGAUCUAAAGGUGACAACGAUCUGCACUAUGAUCCUUACAUUAAGGAUACUAAAUAUAAUUGUACUAAUCACAUUAAUAGUUGCAUUGAUUCUUAUUUUCGUUCUUACAUCUGUAUUGAUAGUAACUUUUUAAGCGAUAGUAAUAAUUCCAAUGAAAGUUACAUUUAUAAUUUCAUUUGUAGUGAAAGUGGAAAGAUUCGUGAAAGCAAAAAUUACAAGAUAAGAACUAAUAGGAAUCGUAGUAAUUUAAUAAGUUCUAAGGAUUUUGAUAUAACUCAAAACUACAAUCAAUUGUGGAUUCAAUGCGACAAUUGUUAUGGAUUAAUGUAUAAGAAAGUCAAAAUGAAUGUUUGUGAACAAUGUGGACAUUAUUUGAAAAUGAGUAGUUCAGAGAGAAUCGAGCUUUCGAUUGAUCCGGGUACUUGGAAUCCUAUGGAUGAAGACAUGGUCUCUGCGGAUCCCAUUAAAUUUCAUUCGAAGGAGGAACCUUAUAAAAACCGUAUUGACUCUGCUCAAAAAACUACAGGAUUGACUGACGCUGUUCAAACAGGUACAGGUCAACUAAACGGUAUUCCGGUAGCCCUUGGGGUUAUGGAUUUUCGGUUUAUGGGGGGUAGUAUGGGAUCCGUAGUAGGCGAAAAAAUAACUCGUUUGAUCGAGUAUGCUACCAAUCAAUGUUUACCUCUUAUUUUAGUGUGUUCUUCCGGAGGAGCACGAAUGCAAGAAGGAAGUUUAAGUUUGAUGCAAAUGGCUAAAAUUUCUUCGGUUUUAUGUGAUUAUCAAUCAAGUAAAAAGUUAUUCUAUAUAUCAAUUCUUACAUCUCCUACUACCGGUGGAGUGACAGCUAGUUUUGGUAUGUUGGGGGAUAUCAUUAUUGCCGAACCCUAUGCCUAUAUUGCAUUUGCGGGUAAAAGAGUAAUUGAACAAACAUUGAAAAAAGCCGUGCCUGAAGGUUCACAAGCGGCUGAAUCUUUAUUACGUAAGGGCUUAUUGGAUGCAAUUGUACCACGUAAUCUUUUAAAAGGUGUUCUGAGCGAGUUAUUUCAGCUCCAUGCUUUUUUUCCGUUGAACAAAAAUUAA